GUGUCGAAAUGGCCCGGCCGGUUUUAGCUGUGUUGCUACGACGGAGUCGGGCGAGAGGACUGGUAGUGGUGAUUUUGAGGGUUGCAGUUUAUCGAGUGAUUGGAUGUUUGGUCUCGAGUUGAGGUAGCAGAAAAAAUGGAUUAUUAACGGUAGCUGAAGUCUGUUAUAGGAUCUGCUCCAGUUUUGACUAGAAGACUAAUGAACACAGAAUGAAAUUCUUCCUAAGCCGCUCAAGGCGAUUAAGUUUGCACUUAUUGACUGUUUUUCUUGGCAGUCGUUCAUAUGAGCCCGAGAGAAGUUGAAGAUAAUCUUUAUGGUGUUGGAAUUCCUUCCCUUGAACCAGCUGGACUGGUUUCAUUGGAUCAGCUAAUCAGCUAGAAAUGACUUCGCUGAAAGAGACCAUCAUGGAGUAACAAUCAUAGCUCUGUAACUAUUACUUAAAUUACUGAUCGUUCUGUUCCUUUUUUAAGUAAUGACAAUGUAGUAUAACUGGCACCAGUCUUACUGUAAGACUAGGUGCCCCCUUGUCCUUAAAGGGAUAUGAGUGAUCAAAGUGCAUCACAAGAAGACCAACACAUGUUCCACAGAGGGCCAUCAAGGUUUAAGGAUUCUAUGAGAAAUAUGCAAUCUGAUGAUUAUUUUGCUAGAAAGUUCAAAGCUUUGAAUAGUAAUGCGAGUUUCUCUAUGGCUUUAGGGACGCCUACAAAAUCAGAAAGUCAGCCAAAUGGAACACCUGCCAUGCCCAAGAUGGGUGUUCGAGCAAGAGUAUCUGAGUGGCCUCCUAAAAAAGACUGUUUGAAAGAAUUACCAAGCAAAACCUCGUGGGAAGGGAGAUCUCCCACUGGAUAUGAAGGUGCAGGAUCUGCUGUUCAGAAUGGGCAAAAUGAACAAAACAUUGAAAAUUCAAUUGAAGCAAAUGAAGAAGUGCCUGUAGACAUGGAUUUCACAAAAGCCAAGUACUCAAUAGGGGACAUUUUUUCACAAUCUCCUCAAAGGGGCUUGCAUCCGAUAAGACAGCGAAGUAACAGUGAUGUCACUAUCAGUGACAUAGAUUCAGAUGACAUCCUCGACCAAAAUGCUGUGAAUCCUAAUACUGGUGCAGCUCUUCAUCGUGAGUAUGGAAGCACUUCUUCAAUUGAUAGGCAGGGUUUAUCAGGAGAAAACUUUUUUGCAAUGCUAAGAGGGUAUCGAGUUGAAAAUAUAGAACAGAGAAACUUUACUCCAUUUGUUUUUUCUGAAGUAUUUCAGUAUGAUCCUGUUGUGUCACCCAGUCUUCAUGCAGCAGCGAAGAUUUCCAGAGGAGAAUUUGUUAGACUUUCUGGGUUUGACUACCUGGAUAGUUCUUUACUCCUUAGCCGAGACAAAGAUAAAUCUUUUAAACACAGAUUAAAAUCAGAAUCUGUAGAGACGUCCAUUUUCAGAAAACUGCGAACUGCUAAAAGUGAACAUGAAGCUUUGAAAUUCUCUUUAGAGCAAGAUGACAGCAGACUUGACAAAAGUCUUCAGCCUCUGUCUUAUCAGAAGUGUUUUGCACAUUAUGAUGUCCAGAGCAUUUUGUUCAAUAUCAGUGAAGCUAUGGCUAACAGGACUAAUGUAGGCAAAAGAAUAAAUACAACCACAGGGGCGUCAGCAGCAUCACAGCACCAGAUAUCAGGGGGACAGCCUGGUAGCUGUGAAUCUCCUUUGGGAAGUAAGGAGGAUCUGAACUCCAAAGACAACUUAGAAACAGAUGAAGGAGAUGGAAAAAGCAAUGAUAUGGUUCUUAGUUGCCCUUAUUUUAGGAAUGAAGUUGGAGGAGAAGGAGAUAGUUGUAACUGUUGUAAAUUUUCAUUUUUUUUCCUUCAUUUUUUCUUUAAUACAGAGCAUCAGAACUACUUUGGAACUGAUGACAAUUUGGGACCUGUUGCAGUUAGUAUCCGAAGGGAAAAGUUAGAUGACGCAAAGGAUAAGGAUGGAUCUCAGUACAACUACCGUAUUACUUUUAGAACAAGUGAGCUUACCACCCUGAGAGGAGCCAUAUUAGAAGAUGCUAUACCAUCGACAGCUAGACAUGGCACUGCACGAGGUUUACCUCUUAAGGAAGUGCUGGAAUAUACGAUUCCAGAGCUGAGCAUCCAGUGUCUGAGGCUUGCUGCCAACUCUCCUAAAGUCCCUGAACAGCUGCUGAAACUAGAUGAACAAGGGGUUUCCAAGGAGGUUUCUAACUUUUCUGAGACUGAGGAGAAGGCUGCUGCACUUCCUGACUCAACGGGAACACAUUCAUUGUAUACUACUUACAAAGAUUAUGAACUAAUGUUUCAUGUGUCAACCAUGCUUCCUUAUACACCCAAUAACAGGCAACAGCUUUUGAGGAAGAGGCACAUAGGAAAUGACAUUGUCACCAUCGUCUUCCAAGAACCAGGAGCGAUUCCUUUUACCUCUAAACACAUCCGUUCUCAUUUCCAGCAUGUGUUUGUUAUAGUCAGAGUACACAACCCUUGCACUGAAAAUGUCUGCUACAGUGUAGUGGUAUCAAGGUCUAAAGAUGUGCCUCCAUUUGGUCCACCAAUUCCUAAAGGAGUGACUUUUCCCAAGUCAGCAGUAUUUAGGGAUUUUCUUUUAGCCAAAGUUAUCAAUGCUGAAAAUGCAGCACACAAAUCUGAGAAAUUUCGGGCUAUGGCAACCAGAACAAGACAAGAGUACUUGAAAGACUUGGCAGAAAACUUUGUUACCACAUCUACUAUAGAUACAUCUGUGAAAUUUAGCUUUAUAACUCUUGGAGCAAAGAAAAAGGAAAAACUUAAAGCAAGACAGGAUGCCCAUUUGUAUAACACUGGAGCAAUAGUGUGGAAUGUAGUUACUCGUGACUUUGGUCAGUCAUCUGAUAUUGAAUGUCUGCUUGGAAUCUCCAAUGAAUUUAUUGUGUUAAUAGAAAAGGACUCCAAAAAUGUUGUGUUUAACUGUUCGUGUAGGGAUGUUAUUGGGUGGACAUCUGAACUAAUGAACAUCAAAAUCUUCUACGAAAGAGGUGAAUGUGUUAUUCUGUCAUCGGUGGAUAGUUCUGAUGAAGAUGUCAGAGAAAUUGUUCAGAGACUGGAGAUUGUGACUAGAGGUUGUGAAACAACUGAAAUGACCCUAAGGAGGAAUGGACUUGGCCAACUCGGAUUUCAUGUUAAUUUUGAAGGAAUAGUAGCCGAUGUGGAACCUUUUGGCUUUGCAUGGAAGUCUGGCCUUAGGCAAGGGAGCCGUCUUGUUGAAAUCUGUAAAGUGGCUGUGGCAACCUUAACACACGAACAGAUGAUUGAUUUGUUAAGAACCUCAUUGACAGUGAAGGUGGUUAUUAUUCAGCCGCAUGAAGAUGGAUCUCCUAGAAGGGGCUGCUCAGAGCUAUACAGAAUACCAAUGGUUGAGUAUAAACUUGACAGUGAAGGUACUCCAUGUGAAUAUAAAACCCCAUUUCGCAGAAAUACUACGUGGCAUCGUGUCCAGACUCCUGUUGGGCAGCCUGUUUCCCGUGGUUCUCCAAUUCAGGGUGCAGCUGAUAGACUACCUUGCCAGCAGCUUCUUCAGCAGUCUCAGACUGCAAUUCCCCGCAGCACGUCCUUUGACAGAAAGCUACCAGAUGGUGCAAGACAAAUUCAAGAUGUUGAAACUCAACAAAUACCUCAAUGCACAGUUGGUGAGUCCAGUCAGCAUUACAGAAGCUCCCCAAGCAAUCAGUCAUCUUCCAGUGACCCAGGACCUAGUGGGAGUAACCCUUGGAGACCGCAGGCAGGAUUUGAUGGGUCUCAGUCCCCUAUCCACCAGGAACCACCUAGUUCAUCUUUAAUGGAAGGUGACGGACCAAGGGAACAUGAUGAAGGUUUAGAACGAAUACGACCCUCAGCUGAAACAAAAUGGCACACUCAAGCUACCAAAAUCUCAAGUUCAUACAAAGAUCGCAGUCUUCAGAAGGACUCUCCUGGAAAAGACUCACCUAAUAGGCUUACACAUAUUGCAGAUAAAAAUUGCUCAAGUCAUUCCAGCAGUAAUACACUUUCAAGCAGUGCAUCCAGCAACAGUGAUGACAAGCGUUUUGGCUUAGGCGACUUCAUGGAUUCUGAAGUGCUUGGAUUAACAUACAUCAAAGGGGCCUCUACUGACAGUGGCAUUGACACCGCUUCCUGUGUUCCAGCACCCGUAAUAGGCCAAGUGCAUUUGUCCAGCAGCACAUUAAUUGAGCAUAAUCGGACUGAUGAGAUGGUUACAUGGGCAGACACAGACAGCUGCAAGAGUGAUGAAGAGCAAACCAAACUGUAUUCAGUUCAUAAAUUCAGUUCUGGGAUUUCUGCUAGUCAUACUUCAGAAGGAAGUAUGGGUGACCUUAGUGAAAUGUCUUCUCACUCCAGGGCACUUUAUGAUGAUUUAGGGGAUUUGUCGACAUCUGACCAUCUACAGGCUUCUUUGAGGAAUGCAGUGAAUAAACAGCAGCAUGGCUUAUUUAAAGAAGAUUUUCUGAAGCUGAUGCUACCAGACAGCCCUCCUGCUGAAGAAGGGAGGAGAAAGUUUUCUAUAUCUGAAUACCUGUCUCCAAGAAGAUCUCUGUAUCGUACCCUUUCUGAUGAGAGCAUGUGUAGUAACAGAAGGGGGUCAUCACAUGCCAGCUCUCGAAGUUCCAUACUUGACCAAGCAUUACCAAAUGACAUACUCUUCAGUACUACUCCACCGUACCACAGCACAUUACCUCCACGAGUGAGCUUAAAUCAGUGUUCUGCGACCUUAAGAACUGAACUUUGGUUCUCAGAUGGCUCCUUAGCUGAUAAGUCAAAGUUCAAUGACCCUGGUCUGAUGCCUUUGCCGGACACAGCCUCUGGUUUAGAUUGGUCAAACCUUGUAGAUGCUGCACGUGCAUUUGAAGGUCUUGACUCAGAUGAAGAUAUUGGACCUGUCUGCCAUCACACACGCUGUUUAGAUCAGAGGGUGGCAUCGUUCUGUACCUUAAAUGAUAUGCAGCAAGCUCCAGACUUAGAAUGUGUUGAACAGUUGUCCCUGCAUGGAGAAGAAAAGGAUUUCAUUGAUGCUGUCAGGGAGAGUUCACCUACUACUCUGACAGGAAAGGUCAACCAGCUAGAAAUGGUUUUACGGCAGCUUCAGAAUGACCUGCGAAAGGAAAAAGAAGACAAAGUACUACUGCAGGCUGAGGUACAGCACCUAAGACGAGAUAACAUGCGUCUUCAAGAGGAGUCUUUAAUAGCAGCUGCUCAACUGAAGAAAUUUACAGAAUGGUUCUUUAGCACUAUUGACAAAAAGCCCUAAGUCUUUGGGAUCCAGAAAGGGAAUAUUGACAUUUGACAUGUACUAGAAUGUAAACAUGCAGUAUACACAAUUGUUACCUUGGUAUGUUUUUACUUGUGUCCUACAUCCAACACAGUAUUCACUUGAAUUUUGAAAAGUAAUAAGAAUAUCAUAAUACUCAUCAUGAGAGAAACUGAGCCAGACUUUUCCAUGUUGUCUGUGUUUUGUCCCGAGAUGAAUGUAACUCCUGUUAUCAGUUUAAAGGUGUUAUUUACAAGUUUGUUGUAUUUGGUUCACCUCAAGAUGAGUUACUGUAGAAAUUUCUUAUAUUUUUAGGCAUAUUGAUGAAAUAUAUUUAUGGAGCCUUGAUUGGCUUUUACAUUCUUGUAACAUAAAACAGUUGGGCCUAAGCUUUGUUGUGAAAGGUGCUCUAUUUUUUGUAAGUAGUUUAUUGCCACAGUUAACAGUGACAUAGCAAUAAGGAAGGAGGUAUAGUGAAUAGUCGCAAAACUGUAUUUAAAUAGCACUAAUGAGUUAAAUACUAAUUAGACUACAGUUAAGUUAGAAGUUAUUUAUUUGCAGGGUUAAACGGUGCCUGAUACAAGUAAUGUUUUAAAAGAUGCUCAUGCCUUGUUAAUGGCUCACUGGUCUUAUUCUAAUUUGUUUACUUUUGUAUAGUUGAUGUUCAUUUCCAGCAGUUAUCAUACAGUUCAUUAGAACUAAUCAGGUGUGAGCCAGCGUAUAUCACUUGUACAAUGCCAAAAUUGUUUAUCUCUGUACAGAGCUUUGAAGAAGUGUCUUGUAUUUAACACUUUUUUUAUUUAAACUUUAUUUAACCUUAAAUUUUUAAUUUUAUAAGAGUUUUGUUUAUCUGCACUAUGAGGACAGUUGACUGUAAGCUGUGUUUGUAGCUUGUCAGAACUGUACUGAUAAUUUCUUAGAAAUUCUAACAUUUGGAUGCUGCUAGUACACGAUUCAUUUGUUUGCUUUUGCAAAUGUCUUUUUUAGACAUUUUUGAGAUUUGACAUACUUUUGCUUCUUUUUUAAUAAAUGUAAAAAUAUACAGUCACAUGUAAUAUAUUGUGUUUUGUUGUUUUAGAUGACCUGUACAGACAUUAAACUGAGAUAUUA